UUUGCUUUCUACGUGCGUUUUGUUAAGUUUUUGUUCGAUUAUUUUUGAUUUAAAAAAUCAUGUUUUUUUGGAAAAAAAUCAAGGAGUUUCGAGAACUUUACCUGUGAACCGAGUGUAGAAAUCUUAAGGAACUAAAUUUAACUACAAGUGACCCUGUAAGAACUUUUUAAAGAUCCGGGUAAAGACUUUUUGUCUUUUAAAAUAUGAGUUCUGAUCUGUGAAUUGCUUUAGAAUUGGAGACCGAUAUUUUGGAGACAUGCCGCGUUUAUCAAGGGAAUCCAUAGCUAUGGGUGAGCGUGUAGAACCGGUGGUACCAGGACCAGAUUUAGUAGGCGUAAAUGUAGAAAGACCCCCACUGACUAACCAGCAAUCAUCUGCAUAUAACAGAAGACAAAAUGCCGUAUCUGUGCGGCACGCCUACAAACACUAUGGUUCGAAAAACAACCCUAAUCACGUACUUAGUGAUUUAAAUAUGACCGUUAGUAAAGGAACUAUAUAUGGUCUUCUGGGUGCUUCUGGAUGCGGUAAAACCACCUUGUUAUCCUGCAUUGUAGGGCGACGAAGACUGAACUCUGGAGAGAUAUAUGUAUUAGGAGGGAAACCUGGAACAAAGGGCUCUGGAGUACCUGGCAAACGAGUGGGAUACAUGCCCCAGGAAAUCGCCUUGUACGGUGAAUUUUCCAUAAAAGAAACAAUGUUGUACUUCGGCUGGAUCUUUGGAAUGAACACUCCGGAGAUCACGGAAAGGCUGAGAUUUUUGUUAAACUUUUUGGACUUGCCUAGUCAGAAUAGACUAGUCAAAAAUUUAAGUGGUGGUCAACAAAGAAGGGUAUCGUUUGCAGUAGCUCUAAUGCACGAUCCAGAGCUCCUUAUCCUGGACGAACCUACGGUGGGUGUAGAUCCUUUGCUCCGGCAAAGCAUUUGGAGUCACCUCGUACAAAUAACCAAGGAUGGCAAUAAGACUGUGAUUAUCACCACACAUUAUAUUGAAGAAGCUAGACAGGCGCACACAAUCGGUCUUAUGCGCAGUGGCAAGCUCUUAGCGGAAGAAGCUCCACAUGUUCUUCUUUCCAUGUAUGGCUGUACCUCCCUCGAAGAUGUCUUUCUUAAACUAUCCAGGAAGCAACAAAUUGGUGGAGGUGGAGGAGGUGGUGGCGGUGGAGGUGGUGGCGGCGCAGUUGUUGCUCCCGUUGGCGGUCAAACUGACAACAAUAUCAGCAACAAUAUUAGUUUGGCAACUUUAAACUGGGGCAAAAAGGAACCUAUUUCCGUUACAGAAGAAAGUGGAGUGGUCGGCUUAAAUUUCCAUCAGAGCAAAGAGGUGUUGGUGCAUGAUUCAAAUGGGCACCUAGAUUAUGCUAGUAAAUCUUCAGCGAAAGCAGGUAUCCAAGAAGCGUGCGAAGAUUGCGGCAACUGUUCAGAGUGGACCACAAAAGGUAAAAUGCGAGCUCUCCUUGUGAAAAACUUUUUGAGGACGUGGAGAAACGUCGGGGUAAUGUUGUUCAUAUUCGCUCUCCCGGUGAUGCAAGUCAUCUUGUUUUGUCUCGCCAUUGGUGGAGAUCCAAAGGACUUAAAAAUGGCCGUGGUGAAUCAUGAGGUUGGAUUCUGGAACAGUUCGUAUCAGGAUUGUCACUUUGAAGAAGGAUGCAAGUUUGGAAAUUUAAGUUGUCGGUAUUUACAAACAGUCAACACGAGUACGAUAAGCAAAGUGUAUUAUCCAGAUGUGGACUCAGCUAAGCUAGCAGUCAGUAGAGGGGAGGCUUGGGGAGCUUUGUACUUCACAGAAAACUUUACUGAUGCUUUAGUAGCUCGAAUAGCAUUGGGAAAGGAUAGUGACGAAGAAACGUUGGAUCAGAGCGAGAUAAGAGUUUGGCUUGACAUGUCUAAUCAGCAAAUUGGUAUAAUUCUACAACGAGAUUUACAAUUAACUUAUCAAAAUUUCACGAAAGACUUGUUACGAGAUUGUAAUCAAAGUGAAGCAUUGGCUGACAUCCCAAUAUCAUUUAAGAAGCCGAUAUAUGGAUCGAAUCAGCCGUCCUUUACUGAUUUCGUCGCUCCUGGAGUUAUUUUAACGAUCGUUUUCUUCUUGGCUGUUGCACUCACCUCUUCUGCAUUGAUCAUAGAAAGAAUGGAGGGUCUAUUGGACAGAUCUUGGGUAGCAGGUGUCACACCCGGUGAAAUUCUUUCUUCCCACGUAAUUACCCAAUUUGUCGUGAUGUGCGGCCAAACAGCUUUAGUACUAGUCUUCAUGAUACUCGUUUUCAAGGUGGAAUGUAAAGGUAACCUAUUCAUAGUAGUAGUUUUGACCAUUCUCCAAGGAUUGUGCGGAAUGUGCUUCGGGUUCGUGAUAUCGGCCAUUUGCGAGCUUGAAAGAAACGCUAUCCAGCUAGCGCUAGGUAGUUUUUACCCAACCCUGUUACUUAGUGGGGUAAUUUGGCCUAUUGAAGGAAUGCCAACGGUGCUGCGGUACAUAUCCACAUUCCUGCCGUUAACUUUAGCGACCACAUCCUUGCGAGCUAUGAUGACAAGAGGGUGGUCCAUAGUGGAGCCAGAUGUAUAUUACGGUUUUAUAUCCACAGUGGUGUGGAUAGUGCUGUUUCUAACCAUAAGUUUAGUUGUACUUAAGGUAAAAAGAGGCUGAAGCUUUAAAAGUGUUAACUAGCAAUAAAAUAAAUGUGAAAGUGAUUCUAAGCGGGCCAAGAAAAAUGAAGAUCAUUCUAGUUUAACUAAGACCGAUUAGCAUAAAUGUUUCAAUAUUAUAAUGUUUUAAUAUUAGGCCCCGAUAGUGAACACUUUGCUAUUUUUAAGCACCCGGUAUAUUAAUUAAAGCCACUGAUUUUAAAUUAUAAAACACCUUGCCUUUUUCCCUAUGUUAUAAGAUGUAUAGAAAGCAGUAGGUUUAGUUAGAUAUUUGUAGUAUUAUUUUUUUAGAUAUAUCUAUUCUGUAGCCCUGUCACUUUUCUAUAAUUAUUGAUUAAAACGACAACGAUUUCGAACAUGUUCAAUUUUAUUCGUAUACUUUAAAUAAAAAAUCAUAUUAUUAAUGUUUAAUACGUUGUGAAAGUAGAAAAAAUAUAUAAUAAAGUAUGGCGUGCUCAAAUGUAAAUUUUAUAUUGUUAUUAGUUAUAUGUGGUUUUGUGAUGUAUUUGUUAUAAAAUAAACAAUAAAAGUGA